CUGACCAGGUGUCAGGCUCUCGUCAUUCUUUCACUUCAAUUCAUUAUACUUUCAGCUCUUUCUUUCGUUUCUAAAUUAGUCUCGAUUCUCAGCCAGACACAAUGAAGUACCUUCCUCUGGCCGUUGCAGUUACUGCCAGUCUGGCACCUACGGCUUCCGCUCAUUAUAUCUUCAGCAAGCUCGUGUUGAACGGAGAGGCUUCUGCGGACUGGCAGUACAUUCGUGAGACCACUCGCAGCAUCUGCUACGAGCCUACCAAAUUCACCAACACUUUUGACAAUUUGACACCCAACGACAACGAUUUUCGUUGCAACCUGGGCUCGUUCAGCAAUGCCGCAAAGACCGACGUCGCCGAGGUAGCGGCGGGAGAUACCAUCGGGAUGAAGCUCUUCUACGACACUAGUGUUGCGCACCCCGGCCCGGGCCAAGUUUUUAUGCCCAAGGCACCCACCGGCAAUGUCCAGGAAUACGAAGGCGACGGCGAAUGGUUCAAGAUCUGGGAAAGAACGCUUUGCAACGAGGAAGGCGACUUGACCAAGGACGCCUGGUGCACCUGGGGCAUGUCCGAGUUCGAGUUCCAGAUUCCUGCUGAGACCCCAGCAGGCGAGUACCUGGUGCGCGCCGAGCAUGUGGGCUUGCAUGGAGCUCAGGCCAACGAGGCUGAAUUCUUCUACAGCUGUGCACAGGUAAAGGUCACAGGCUCGGGAACUGGAUCUCCCAGUCUCACAUACCAGAUCCCCGGUCUCUACAACGACAGCAUGACCCUGUUCAACGGCCUCAAUCUUUGGGUCGACUCGGCCGAGAAGAUUCAGACGGAUAUACUGGAAACGCCGAUUGGGGAUGACGUGUGGAACGGAAGUGGUUCGGGAAGCUCAUCUGCUGCCUCCCCUUCGGUCAGUAGUGCAUCUGUCGCAAGCCCGGGUACAACUACCGCUGCCGUGCAUGCCUACGUUCAGACCCCCGCCAGCAGCAGCAGCAGCAGCAGCAGCAGCAACAUUCAAUCCGCGGCCGCUAGCUCGGGAAACCUUGUCUCGCACUGGGGCCAAUGCGGAGGCCUUGGUUAUGCUGGCCCAACCGAGUGUGAGUCGCCUUGCACCUGCGUGGAGCAGAACCCUUGGUACCAUCAAUGUGUUACUUCGGCCUGA